UAAAACGCGGGUUUGGCUGGUUGGUUGGGUAGAGAGAGGGAGGGAUGGGAGAGAGACGGGAUUGAAGAGGAGAGAAUGAAUUCGCGCCAAGACUGAUUCGGCCACUUCUCGAUCUUCCCUUUCUUGUUUUAACUUACACCUAAGUAAAGACCCCAAUCUGUCCUUCUCCUCCCCCUCCCCUCUCCUCCUCCUCCACUUGACUUAUUGUUUCUACUUCUUCUCGCUUCCCAUUUUCCUUUCUUCCUCAGAUUGUAUUGUUUCAAUUCUUCCCGGAAUCAGGAACCCCGACACCAUGGCUCCGUCUCGAUCAUCGGCCUCAUGGCUAUCCUCUGCGCUGGCCGUAUGUGCCAUCCUGUGUCUAACGGUGCCCGCCAACGCGCUCUACUUCUUCAUGGACGGGCGCCAAACCAAGUGCUUCUAUGAGGAGCUGCCCAAGGACACACUUGUCGUCGGCACCUACUCCAGCGCCGUGAUCAACGAACACUCGAACACCUACACGGUGGACCCGAACCUCAAGAUGCUAAUCACCGUGGACGAGAUCUUCGACAACGACCACCGCGUGGUCUCCAAGCGCGACGGGCCCGCAGGCCGCUGGACCUUUUCGGCCGCCGACGCCGGCCUGCACAAGAUCUGCCUCACGCCGGAGACCAACGCCGCGACCGGCGGCUGGCUGUCCGGCGCGCAGGCCGGCGCCGUCCAGGUCACGCUCGACAUGGCCAUCGGCGAGACCAGCAAGAUCGAGUCGGAGGACAAGGACAAGAUGCAGGACAUUGUCCAGAAGGUUCGCGAUCUGAACGGCCGGUUGCAGGAUAUUCGGAGGGAGCAGGUGUUUCAGCGGGAACGCGAGGCCGAAUUCCGUGAUCAGUCUGAAGCUACCAACUCCCGUGUCGUCCGCUGGACGCUCAUCCAGCUGUUCGUGCUCUCCGCCGCUUGUGCUUGGCAACUCUCGCAUCUUCGGUCCUUCUUCAUUAAGCAGAAGCUUACAUAAAUUUUCUGUCAAUGUCGAGGGGUUGGAGUAAAUUCUUCUUGUUUCAUAGGAAAAGAGAAAAAUGAAAUGGAAAGAAUGGAGGAAAGAGAACGGCCCCGCUAUAUGGUCGGUGUUUUCUUUUCAGCGAUUUAAUAAUCUUCCCGAAGUCAUUUUUCCUUUCCACAAGUUAUGUGUCUUAUGGGAAACAUAUGAUAUGAUCUCUAUAACUUUCAUCUUCCAGGUUCUUCUUAUAUUGCCGGUGUGUAGCGAUAUAUCAGAUAUGAUGAUAUCAUAUGGGUCUCGUAGC